GUAGCUUACAUUAAUUGUCUACAAUAUUUUGGGAAUCUGACAUACCUCGACUUAUCGGCUCUUAUCAAAUAUAAAAAUGAUUUUAUGUUAUCUGUGAACCUGGACAGAUAAGCUGGGGAUUGCACUAUAUUUUCUGGCAGUCAUCAUUUAACAUAUAUAACGUUCAGAUCAUUGGACAAUAAAAAAAAAUCCAGUCAAUUUUCUGCACAUCAGGGACAUGAAACGGAAAAUAAAACAGUUAUUGGCAACCGGUUCAAACAUUUCAUUAUAUCUAUGGAUAAUAAUUUGCCUGUUAAUAUAUCUGUUCAUGCCGGAUGGUCCGCGCAUUGUGCCACAGCAGCUAACUACAGUGGAGCCUGUCGCUGCGUACAGUGAAAACUCGCAGCAGUUGAUCGAUUUACAAGAUUUUGAUUAUGUCAUUAAGCAAACGCGCUGCAAGCCUCACAUCCGGACGCUCAUCGUGGUCCACUCGGCACCGCACAACAUUGAGAAACGCUCCGUGAUACGACGGACUUGGGGUAGUCCGUCCGUUAUAUCAACCGGCUCGCCGCUGCGCCUCUUCUUUCUGGUCGGCGCCGUCGAGGAUGAGGCGAUGCAGGCCAUGCUGCUGGCGGAGCACACACGGCAUGGCGACUUGCUGCAGGGCAACUUUCUGGACGGAUACUUUAACCUGACCUACAAGCAUGUGAUGGCUCUCAAAUGGUUCUAUACUCGCUGCGAGCCGGCGCAGCUGCUGGUCAAAGUGGAUGAUGACAUAUACCUCAAUACGCCGCAGCUGCUGCAGCACUUAAGACUUCCGUUCUCAACAGACUCGGUUUUAGAGAACCUGCUGCUGUGUGCCAUUAGGGACAGAGACCGUGUGGUACGUUCCUAUUCGUCCAAGUGGCGCGUUAGCUUUUGGGAAUACUACGGUCGUUACUAUCCGCCCUUCUGUCCGGGCUUUGCAGUCUUCUACUCCUCGGAUGUGGUCAGACGGCUCUACGUGGCCGCACAACGCUCCAGCUUUUUUCGACUGGAUGAUGUGUUCGUUACCGGCUUGCUUUCCAAGCGCAGCAAUAUUACCAUAACAGAUCUGACGCCGUAUGUGCUAGGCCCAGAUGAACUCAACUUGCUGCUAAGCAGAGGCACUGAAUCGGAACAGUUGAAUUUUUUAGUGUCCUGGCACAAUAUGUCCGAGCAGCAAAUUAAUGGUCUUUGGCAACUAUAUGGAACUACAUAUUGAUGGACAUUUUGGUUAAAAGCUUAGCUCCGGUUGGGGACACGGCACCGUUCCAUCAAUAUUGCUUGGAGCUAUGAGAAUCCACCUUCCCCAUUGAGAAAUGCUUCAUUGCCGAAAUGUACAAAUUACCG